GAAAGGGAAAAGAAAUACAUAAUAUUCAAUUUUGAAAAAAAACUUGUUGGGGAGUUUGAAUUUUGAAAUGGGGUCCUAGGAUGAGGCUUUCAUUAUCCACCAUUCAUCCUCUAGGAAGAUAAAACCAGGAAUUAAAAAAAGGGAACCCUCCCCUUUUCUCUUUUGAGAUGAUAUUUGCCUCUUUGGUUUGAGCCAACAAGCAAAAACAACCACCACCACAAAGAGUGAAUAAGGACAUCCUCCUUUUUCUUGCAAUGGCACUGAGAAUGUGGGCUUCUUCAACUGCUAAUGCACUUAGACUCUCUUCUGCUUCCAAAGCUCCUCUCUCUCCUCUCCCUGCCUUUUCUUUCUCUAGAUGCUUCUCUACUGUUUUGGAUGGGUUGAAAUAUGCAUCUUCCCAUGAAUGGGUGAAGGUUGAGGGCUCUGUGGCUACAAUUGGUAUCACUCAUCAUGCUCAGGACCAUCUUGGAGAAGUGGUGUUUGUGGAGGUGCCUGAGCCUGGUGGCUCCGUCACACAGGGCAGCAGCUUUGGAGCUGUAGAAAGUGUAAAAGCCACAAGUGAUGUCAAUUCCCCAAUUUCAGGGGACAUUGUUGAGGUUAACAAAAAGCUCACUGAAUCACCUGGUUUGAUCAAUUCAAGCCCAUAUGAAGAAGGAUGGAUGAUAAAGCUGAAGCCAAGCAAACCAUCGGAAUUAGAAUCCCUUAUGGGUCCAAAAGAAUACACCAAGUUCUGUGAAGAAGAAGAUGCACAUUAGUAAGCAGCAUUUUGAACAUGAACACCUUGUUGCAUUUUCCUCUUGAAAGUUGAACUAACUGCCUCUGAGCUGUUUUAAGUUAAAAAGGUCACAAUAUAGUGGUUUUCAGGUACUAUUACAUACAUUAAUUUAACUUUUGUAAUCUUCUUUCCUAUCUUUCACUUGUUCUUAUGCUUCUUCAUGCAAUUAAGAGCCAUCUUCCUUUCAA